UGCUUCUUCUGCAUGCUUUGUGUGCAUCCUCCAUGCAGCUGUCAGUGAGCAGACUCCUUGUACUGAACCUGCUGUGUACAGCCCAUUAUCCGGAGCUGUGCUCUCAGUAGACGGAGGAGGAAGCCAGGCAGGAGGAGGGGACGCCGUGUAAACCCAUAGAUAUCAUUAGCCGGCGGUAUACAAGUGUCUGGGUGACAUCAGAUAACACAGCGCAGCAGCCCGACAAUUGACUUCACAAGGCACGGAGCGACCAUUGAGAGGAGGAAGAGCUGGAAUGAUGCACAGGGGCCCCCCGGGGCUGUGGAAUAUCACCUGACCUCCUCCGGACUGUAGCAGACACUGGACAGGUACAUAGAAGCCGCGGAUUGUACGCGCUGUGUGUGCGGAGUCUGCCCCGCGGGGGCUCGGCCAGUUGGGGGUCAGGAGUGGACGGAGCGGCUCCUCCAUGAAGAGUCCCUGCCCGGGCGGACACAUUGCCGGGAGUUGUGUUCUCCGGAGAGAUCGUACUGAGAAGCGCUGCACGAUGCCAGACUCACCUGUGGAUGUAAAGACGCAAUCCAGGUUGACACCUCCAACAAUGCCCCCUCCCCCAACGACACAGGGAGCUCCAAGAACAAGCUCAUUCACACCCACAACAUUAACAAAUGGCACAAGUCAUUCACCAACAGCACUGAAUGGAGCUCCAUCCCCUCCUAAUGGCUUUAGUAAUGGACCUUCGUCCUCCUCCUCUUCUUCGCUGGCAAAUCAGCAGUUGCCUCCAGCAUGUGGUGCGCGGCAGCUCAGUAAAUUGAAGAGAUUCCUUACCACGUUACAGCAGUUUGGCAAUGACAUUUCACCAGAAAUUGGGGAAAGAGUCCGCACACUUGUGCUUGGAUUAGUGAAUUCUACGCUGACAAUUGAAGAAUUUCAUUCCAAACUGCAAGAAGCGACCAACUUUCCACUGCGACCCUUUGUCAUCCCAUUUUUGAAGGCCAAUCUGCCUCUGCUGCAGCGGGAACUUCUGCACUGCGCAAGACUUGCCAAGCAAAACCCAGCCCAAUACCUGGCUCAGCAUGAGCAGUUGCUCCUGGAUGCCAGCACCAACUCGCCUGUUGACUCAUCAGAACUGCUUCUUGAUGUGAAUGAAAACGGGAAGAGGAGAACUCCUGAUAGAACCAAAGAAAAUGGCUUUGACAGAGAGCCUUUGCACUCAGAGCAUCCAAGCAAGCGGCCGUGCACUAUAAGCCCUGGCCAGCGGUUCAGUCCAAAUAAUGGCUUAUCCUAUCAACCCAAUGGUCUGCCUCACCCUACCCCACCACCACCUCAGCAUUACCGUUUGGAUGAUAUGGCAAUUGCCCACCACUACAGGGACUCAUACAGACACCCCAACCUCAGGGACAGAAACAGACCUAUGGGGUUGCCAGCAGCACGUCAAGAAGAAAUGAUAGACCAUAGACUAACAGACAGAGAGUGGGCAGAAGAAUGGAAGCACCUUGAUCACCUACUAAACUGCAUAAUGGAUAUGGUAGAAAAAACAAGACGAUCCCUCACUGUGCUACGGCGAUGUCAAGAAGCAGAUCGCGAAGAGCUCAAUUACUGGAUCAGGCGGUAUAGUGAUGCAGAGGAUUUAAAAAAAGGUAGCAGCAGCACCAGCCAUUCCAGACAACAGAGUCCAGUGAAUCCAGAUGCCGUCCCCUUAGAGCCACAUCGGGAAUUCCUUCAUAGGCCUGCUUCUGGAUAUGUGCCAGAGGAGAUUUGGAAGAAAGCGGAAGAAGCCGUAAAUGAGGUGAAAAGACAGGCUAUGACAGAAUUACAGAAAGCAGUGUCUGAAGCUGAAAGAAAAGCCCAUGAAAUGAUUACUACAGAACGAGCAAAAAUGGAAAGAACGGUGGCAGAAGCAAAGAGGCAAGCGGCAGAGGAUGCGUUGUCUGUUAUUAAUCAGCAGGAAGACUCAAGUGAGAGUUGCUGGAACUGUGGACGGAAGGCGAGCGAAACUUGCAGCGGCUGCAACACCGCCCGGUAUUGCGGAUCUUUUUGUCAGCACAAAGACUGGGAGAAACAUCAUCACAUCUGUGGACAGACUAUUCAAGCCCAACAGCAAGGGGAGACACCAGCAGUCAGUUCCUCGCUUACACCCAGCAGUGGUGCAGGAAGCCCCAUCGACACACCACCAGCAGCCACACCACGGUCUACCACUCCCGGCACACCAUCCACCCUAGAGACUGCUGCCCGUUAAAAGAAGAAAAAUACUGAUAAACUUAAUUCUUUAAAAACUUUAAAAACUCAAUGAAACCAAGUCCUCAUACUCAGAUAUUCAAAGAUGUAAAGAAGAACUAUCCCAAUUCAGUGCUACAAUAACCAUGAACUACUUUUACCUUGAGGUAGUAAUAAAAAAACGUGAAGGCCAGUAACGGGUCACAAUAACUUCUUAAAAAAAAAUCAAAGAUAUCUUUUCAUUAGAAAACUGAGAGUACAAAAUAUAACACAAUGUUAAAAUUGACCUCUUCCCUGGUAUUUUUCAGUAGCUGGGAUUUUAAACUAGAUGACCUCAUUAACAGAUGCUUUACCAAACAGCGAACCAAGAGAUUGCUAACUGCUGUUGAGAGCAAAAAAUGGAAAAGGAAAAUUACAUUGUUCUUUCUAGCGAUGAAGGAGAAAGGAAAUGGUGACAAAACCUCCUUAAGGGCAUGAGUCGGAUAUGGCAGUAGACAGUUAACAAGAUAAGGAAUGGCAUCCAAGGGAAACGGACUGAUAUUUGAAGACCCGCUACAAAACCUGCAGAUGUGCAACAGAUUGGAAAGGAACGCAGAUGUUCUUCUUAAGUACAAUAAUAUCCAGGUCAACAAUACAUAAGAUGAUUUGCAGCGGGUUGUGUGAUUACAGCAGCAGCGAAAUACCAUCAUGGAAAGGCUUCCUUUUAAAAGGGACGGUCUCAUCGUAUCAUUAAGUAGCAAGCUGGCAAUCAUGACACCAAGCAGUUGCCCCAAAAAUAAAUAAAAAAAAACUUUUAAAAGUUUAAUCAUUUUUUUCAAAGUUCCAGAGAGACAAUCGGGUCUAU